AGCACAUGGCCCCAACUCACUCUCACCAACUACUUCCUUAAUCUCAAACUUGCCCUUACUCCUUACCCACUGGGCAUUGUUACCCUCAAUGGAACGCUUCGCGAUGCAGAAACGGGUCCAGAUUGAUGAGUCCCAAUACGACGACGUACCGGAGGAAAAUAUGCGAUUCAGAUCCUCCAACAGCAAUGUCUCCGAUGACCAAGAACCAUUCAUGGGCAUCAAAGUCCGACGCAAGGCCUCUCUUCACAGAGAUUACAACGGUGACUACCUCGAUGUACCUUCACACCCCUUUUUAAUGAAGAUUUUGCACAAACAAGGGGACAAGCAAGUUCUAUUUGCGGAUAAAGUUUUGAAGUUCACUGGUUCGGGGAAGAUGAAACGCUGCGUUCUGUUGAUUACUGAUUUUGCGAUUUACAUUGUUGACCCUGAGGUCGAUGCCCUUAAACGGAGGAUAGCCCUUGCUGCCGUUGAGAAGGUUUGUCUCAGUGAACUGCGUGAUAACUUUUUCGCUGUGGUAAUUCCAACGGAGUAUGAUUUGCUCAUGGCUAGUACUCGCAAGACUGAGAUUGUUACUGUGUUGGUUGAAGCUACCAAGUCAAAGAGUGCGUCUGGUUUUGAACUCGACGUCGUUUUCUCCAACAGGUUUGAAUAUAGUGCGGCAUCUGACUUGGUGAAGGAAAUCCAAUUUGAGGAAGUUGAAGGGGGUGUCAAAACCAGAAUUUUGAGGAAGUGAAUUGUGGUUUGUAAUUUUCAUGAUGUUGUCUGUAAAUUAAGUUGUAGAUACUGUUAAUGAUUUUUGAGUGAUAGUGUGAGAUGUGUAUCAAAGGUUAACUCAACUGUAAUUCUAAUGCCAGAAAUUUUAAGAGAGAUAAAAUAUGAAAGAAAUAUGUGCUGUAAGUUUUCAACAUGAAAUUGGAACCGGAUUCUUCUGUACUGGAUGUAUGAAGUGUGAUUAUAUCAAUAUUUU